UGUGGAUGGCGCUGCAGUAUCACGUGUUGGCGUAGAAAAAGAAAUGCGCUCAAUUCCUACUUGGUUUGUUGUUUUGGAGGAACGCUAUAAAUUCAGCUUCUAACUACGGACUACUUGUUAUAAUCAACGCAAUUAAAGAUGUUUUUAUGCAUGCGUGGGCUAUCGGGGUAGUGAUAACCACAUGAGAGGUAAAAUUAACGAGUAAUUUAUACAUUAUUGUGGGAAAUGGAGGCGCAUACUGGGAUGCUAAGCUAAUAGCAUCAACCUUGGUAACAUGGCGGAGCUUCAUAUUAUCGGGCAGCUUGUCGGCGCUAGCGGUUUCCCUCACAACAGUCUCUUUUGCAAAUGGGGACUCCACACGGGAGGAGCGUGGCGUCUCCUCGCGGGCUCCAAGCAGGGCCAGACUCAAGUGGACAACCCCCAGACGGGUGACAUCGCAUACUGGAGCCACCCCAUCGACGUCCAUUACGCCACCAAAGGGCUCCAAGGCUGGCCCAAACUUCACCUCCAGGUGUGGUACCAGGACUCGUUCGGCCGCUGCGACCUGCUCGGAUACGGCUACUGUCACAUCCCAUCCAGCCCCGGGCACCACCGAAUCAACUGUGCCACCUGGAGGCCGCUGGGUUCGUGGCAGGAGCAGUUGUCGCAGAUGUUCGUCGGCGGUGGGCCGCAGCUCCGCAGCCCGGAUAUCAUCUACAGCGGGGCGGAUAGAUACAGGCUGCACACCGAGGCAAUGGGGACCGUGGAGCUGGAGCUCGGCAUCAUUAUGCGAAAUUUUGACAAAUAUGGAGUGGAUAGUUAAUCCUGAACAAAAAAAAGUACCAUAGACUGAAUUGUUUCGGACUACAUUUCUAUUUUUUGUACUUUAAAGUUUGCUAAUUAUUUUGUCAUUUUAAUAAAACUAUGGAUAUGAAGUUAAGGUUCGGUGUCAUUUCUUGUAAUGAUUUGGUCUUACUGCACAGCAUGGGCUGAGUUAAACUUUUCUGUCAGGGGGGACA